GAGAGAGGAUCGACUACAGCAAGUAGCACAAGUUGCUCGUGAGCUGGGGGCGCCUGAUGUUAUUGUCAUUGCAGCCGAUGUUAGUAGAAUCGAUGACUGUCAACGUAUGGUUGAUCAAACUAUUAAUCACUUUGGAAAAUUGGACCAUUUGGUUAAUAACGCGGGGAUUGUUUCUGUCUGCAUGUUCGAGGAAGUGGAUGAUAUGGCAGCUUUCAGAUCAGUCAUGGAAAUAAACUUUUGGGGGCCGGUUUACAUGACUAGAUUUGCACUUCCACAUCUAAGGAAGAGUAAUGGAAAGGUGAUUGUAAUUUCUUCAGCAAACUGCUGGUUUCCGAUGCCUCGGUCCAGCUUCUAUAAUGCAAGCAAAGCAGCAGUUACACAAUUAUUCGAGACACUUAGGAUCGAGUUUGGGUCUGAGAUCAAAGUAACACUCGUUACACCUGGUUUUGUGGAGUCUGAAAUGACCCAAGGCAAGGGCUUAUUCAAGGGAGGACAACUACAAGUUGACCAGGAUUUGGUCAAGGCUCAGGUGGGGUUAACUCCGGUGAUAAGUGUGGUGGGGUGUUCCAAGGCAAUAGUGAAGAGCGCGUGCAGGGGAGAUCGAAAUUUGGUGGAGCCAGCAUGGAUAAGGAUCACCCGCUGGUUGAAGUUGAUUUGCCCUGAGAUAUUAGACAUGGUCCUCUGGUUAUGUUACAUCUCCAAGCCUGGUGCCUCAGCUCAUGAGUCAUUUAACAAAUGGACUGCAGAUCUUAUCAAGAGAACAUAAAGUUUCUCAUAGAGUUGCAGCUGUGAUCGGAAAAAUGAGAAGCUAAUAAAGCAUGUAAUCGUUGAAAUUGUGGGCAGUCUCAAUGCAGUCUGGACUGCAUAGUAAG